AUGUGGGAAUAGCUUAAAGAACAUUUAACUCCUGUUCAACUAGGAAAAUGCAUAUUAACAAUAAAAUAGGUAAUUGAUUUUAUUUUAGUCUUAGAAUUCUAUUCGUUAAGAACUCCAAACCUCUUCCUUGUUUCUUUAAUUAAAGAAUCAUUAAUUGGUAUCUUAUAUCAAUAUAUCUUUAGAGAGAAGAGGAGAAAAUAAUUCAAAAGUAGGAUCAAUCUCCAAUUCCGAAUAAUAGGAAACGCAUUAAACAAACUAUUCAAUGA